ACUGCCAUGAUCAGAUUUGGUUUCUUGUUGCUUUUUUCAGCGCUGGCUAGCCGCAUCUAUGCUGAGGAAACCAGGCAAUAUUUGGAACCUUCCACUUUUGGAUUUUCGGUAUCAGUAGAGGCCAUGCUGCCGCUUUUGAAACUAAAGGAAAAGGCGGUGGCAAAUCUACGUAGCUAUGCGGAAACUUUGGAAAAGCAACUGGCAGUUGUGCAACUAGCCAUUCGAAUGUACGAGGAGCUGCAAAGGAGAGCGAGCUUAAAUGCGUUAAAUUUAAUACAACAAUUCGCAGUGUUGCGCCACAUGCAUCUGGAUUGGGCCAAGUGGCUAACGAUAAUGCGGCCCAAUGCGGAAAAAAUACAGAUACAGAUACUGCAGGAGCUGCAACCACAAAUGCCCACAAAUAUGGACAUUGUGGAGGCAAUGAAAGGCAUACAGCGCAUACAGUACACUUAUGAUUUGGAACCCGCCGACAUGGCAACGGGAAGGCUACGCGGCCGACAAUACAACAUCAAGCGUUGGGGCGCCUUUGACACAUUCGUGUUUGGUGUUCUAUGCCAACUUCAGGGUUAUUACAAGGACGCUGAUGCUUGGCUCAAGCUGACUCAGGACAGCUACAAGCGUCAAGACAAUCCCAGGCAGCUGGCAUUCCAUCACUGGACGUAUGAGCAUGUUUUGGAGUAUUUGAUGCUUGCCAACAUGGGAUUGGGCAAAUUUGAGACUGCUUUGGGGCAUGCGAAAGAACUUUUGCUACUACAGCCAAACGAUGAAUACAUGCAAGCUCAAAGUACAAGAACUUGCCACGAAAUCAGAUGAGCUAAAACCAGAACCAUCACUGCCCAUAGAUGUGAAUGCGGAGCUACUCAAGAAACUGUGCCGUCAGAAUCAGUCAUUGCCUGCUGGCAGGCUCCGCUGUCGUUAUGUCAGGAGAGAGGCCUUGCUCCGCUUAGCCCCACUUAAAAUGGAAGAGCUAUCCCUUAGUCCGGCCAUCAGUUUAUAUCAUGAUAUGCUCAGCGAUGAAGAAGAGCUGGCUAUUGUUAAGCGUUUGGCAAGUCCUCUUUUGAAACGGAACAAAAUAACCCACAGGGAAAUUGACAGCUUUACGGACUACAUGGCCACCCGGCCAUGGCAAUCAGCAGAACUAAGCAGCUCAAUGCAUACGAUAAUUGACACCUUAAAUCGAAGGAUACGCCAUGCCAUACAGGGAGUAAGUUCCAUGGAGUCCGAAAAUCUGCAAGUCAGAAACUUUGGCAUUGGCGGACAGUUCUUAGAGCAUGCCACAGCGGACAAAGAUGUCAUCACUGCCUUGCUUUAUCUGAGUAAUGUCGAGCAAGGAGGUGAAACAUAUUUUGCCUCUCUAAACCUACGGGUGCCUCCACAAAAGGGCUCACUUCUGGUGUGGCAAAGGACGGGCGAUUCCCACAUUGAAUGUCCCGUCAUUGUGGGAAAUAAGUGGGUUGCCACGAAACGGAUACAAUAACUUAUUUGAAGAUCGGUUAAAUAUAUAAA